CGCCACGACCACCACAUGCUCAUAUUCUCCAAUGUUCGGUCCCUUUGAGAAAGAGUGAUUGUGAAGUAGUGGUAGCUAACACCACACUUUCGAUUUUGCUUUUGCUUCCUCUGCUCUCUCUCUCUCUCUCUCUCUCUCCACCCAAUCAUCAAACCACUCAUAGCCAUAGCCAUAGCCACACACACAACUAUGAGUUCCGCCACCACUAUCUUCUUCAACCAUUCAUGCAUCUUGUUACUGUGUCUGCUGUCAACACCUUCAUGGACUUCUUCGUUUUCUGGUAGUGAAACUGGAGAUUUAGAAAAAAGGGGUGAUUUGUUUCCGCAGAUUCUAAGAGAUGAGGCAGUGGCAAGACUUCAUGAGCUUGGGAAGGUGAGCGAUGCUAGUGGCUAUCUGGAGAGGACAUUUUUGAGUCCUGCAUCCUUGAGGGCGAUUCAUCUUAUUCAAAAAUGGAUGGAGGAUGCUGGUUUGAGAACUUGGGUGGACCAAAUGGGAAACGUACAUGGCCGAGUCGAGGGUCCGAAUGCAAAUGCUGAAGCUUUAUUGCUUGGAUCUCACAUGGACACUGUUGUUGAUGCUGGGAAGUUUGAUGGAUCACUGGGAAUAAUCUCUGCCAUUUCUGCGUUGAAGGUUAUGCAUGAUAAUGGAAAGCUGCAAAAGUUAAGGCGCCCUGUUGAGGUGAUUGCAUUUUGCGAUGAAGAGGGCGUCAGAUUUCAAUCUACUUUCUUGGGCAGCGGUGCCAUAGCUGGUAUUUUGCCUGCCACAACAUUGGAGAUACCGGAUAAAAGGAAUGCAACAGUAAGAGAAAUUCUUAAGGAGAGCUCAAUAGAAACCACAGAGGAAAGUUUUUUACAGCUCAAAUAUGACCCAAAAUCUGUUUGGGGUUAUGUUGAGGUCCACAUUGAACAGGGUCCUGUGCUAGAACAAGUUGGUUUUCCACUUGGUGUGGUUAAAGGCAUAGCUGGACAGACACGAUUGAAGGUCACAGUCAGAGGCUCCCAAGGUCAUGCUGGAACUGUUCCAAUGUCCAUGCGUCAGGAUCCUAUGGUGGCCGCUGCUGAACAAAUUGUACUUAUGGAAAGCCUCUGUAAACAUCCUGAAGAAUACCUUUCUUAUGAUGGUCGUUGCAGUGAUUCAUCGGUGAAAUCACUUUCGAGUUCGCUUGUUUGUACCGUUGGAGAGAUAUCAACAUGGCCAAGUGCCAGCAAUGUCAUUCCAGGCCAGGUUACAUAUACCAUGGAUAUUCGAGCAAUUGAUGACCUCGGGCGUGAGGCUGUUAUCUAUGAUUUAUCCAACCGAAUCUAUCAAAUAUGUGAUAGGCGUUCAGUUUCCUGCAUAAUUGAACACAAGCAUAAUGCAGGUGCUGUGAUUUGUGAUUCCGGACUGAGUUCACAGCUCAAGUCUGCAGCUUAUUCUGCACUCAAGAGGAUGGAGGGUGACAUUCAAGAAGAAGUACCAACAUUAAUGAGUGGUGCAGGGCAUGAUGCAAUGGCAAUGUCUCACCUAACAAAGGUGGGAAUGCUGUUUGUGCGGUGUCGCGGAGGCAUAAGUCACUCUCCAGAAGAGCAUGUGCUGGACAAUGAUGUUUGGGCGGCUGGUCUAGCAACCUUAUCAUUUCUGGAAAACCUGCAAUAACUAUGUAAAGUAAUUGUGUAUAUGUUAGAGCAUGUAAUUAUAGGUUAAUUUUUUUAGUUUAUUCAUAAUUCAACUGUUUCUUUAGCUUCUUGUCUCUCCUUACAGUUGUGCUUCAUGUAUUAUCGUGCAUGUCAUUGAAAUUCAAUAAGGUUUUAUGUUAGCUGUGUCAACAGCCAAAUGCAAUUCUUCUUUUUUCCGAACUUGAGAACUAGUUAUGUAAUGCAUGUGGAGCACGAAUUCUUAUA